AUGGCGACAAUAAUCAGACUCGCACCCCCCAAAUCCUCCACAAUUCCAAAAUGCACACCCAACCUCAUGCCAUUCCACAUCGCACACACAGGCCACGCACCCAUCUCAACAUACUUCCGACCCAAACCUGCUCCGGUGUCCGCUCUUGAUGCCUCCGCAGCUCUAUCACCCAAUAUUGAGUCAGAGACACAGGUCGAAACACAAGCGGAAAGCCAGACGGAGACAGAAAUGGAGACGCAAACCCUCACGGCAUCCACCUCCGCCUCAUCCACCACAGUCGUCUCAGAGACAAACUCCCCUCCCGACAUAGACUCUACCAAACUCAAACUCACCGAAGACUCCCAACCUAACGUCACAAAAGCCGAAAUCAUCACCACGGUAACACAAGUAGUCGUCGAAACCAAACCCAUCGCGUUCCGCCAAUCGACAAUCAAACGCCUCUCGUCCACCGCGAAACGUUUCGUAGCUUCUUUCAGAGGAAGGGCCAUGCACGGCGUAGACGUCGAGCUUCCGGAAGGUUAUACAGGUCUCAUACUUCGUGGACCUCCGAAUGGAGAUGUUGAUCUACCAGUGCGAGGUAAGGCGCAGGAGAAAGGUAGACGGGCGAAGCGAGGAUCAAAGAAGGUUAUUGAAGUGGAUGAAGAAGAGGAGAUGGAUGUUGACGGUGGUGGCGGUGGGGAGGAAGAAGGAACGGUGAGAACGCUGGAGCCCGCGGGACAGUUCUCGUCGUUCGUGCUUUGGCAUCCGGAUUUUCAGGUUGAUGAAGGGAGGGACGAGUAUCUGAGGACGUUGACGGAGUGGAUUGGGUUGGCUGCUGAGAUACAUCGCGUUGAGGAGGAAGAGUAAUGUCACCAUGUUCUGCUUCUGUUUGAGACUUUUAUAUUUGGAUUUUCUACCGUCUGCCAAUUUAGUGCAUGUGGCGCGGUGUGGCGCACUUGCAACC